AUUUGACGUUUUGCAGGGACCAUUUUAGAGAGAGAAGGGACGAGUAGAGAAGAGAAAGGAGAGAGAGAGAGAGAGAGAGAGGCUCUUUAUUAUAACUUCCAUAUGGAUCAAAGGCAGACACACUGCAUGAGUUGUCGCUGUAAUUGUGAAGAGUUUGAAAACAGAGGAGAAAGAAGAUUACAACAUUUUCAAGCACGAAGAAAGAUAGAAGAGAGAAGAGAAAAAGGGAAAAAAGAAAGAAAGAAAAAGCUUAAUUGUCAGUUUAUUCUCUGCAAACGUGCGGCCUAAGUAACAACACAUGUCGAAUUACGGAGUGAAAGAGCUCACAUGGGAAAAUGGGCAAUUAACGGUCCAUGGUCUAGGCGAAGAAGUCGAACCAACCACCUCGGCUAACCCUAUCUGGACCCAAAAUCCCAAUGGGUGUGAGACUUUGGAGUCUGUGGUCCACCAGGCGGCUAUGCAGCCAAGCAAGCUGCAGCUGCAGAGCCAGAAUGGUCCAGGCCAUAAUUCUAAGAGCAAGGACGGAUCUUGCUCAAGAAAACGCGGUUAUCCCCAAGAUAUGGACUGUUGGUUCGCUGUUCAAGAGGAGAGCCAUAAAGUUGGUCACAGCGUGACUGCAAGUGCAAGUGGUACCAAUAUGUCUUGGGCGUCUUUUGAAUCUGGUCGUAGCUUGAAGACGGCUAGAACCGGAGACAGAGACUAUUUACUCUCUGGAUCGGAGACUCAAGAUACUGAAGGAGAUGAACAAGAGACGAGAGGGGAAGCUGGAAGAUCUAAUGGAAGACGGGGACGAGCAGCAGCGAUUCACAACGAGUCUGAAAGGAGACGGCGUGAUAGGAUAAACCAGAGGAUGAGAACACUUCAGAAGCUUCUUCCUACUGCAAGUAAGGCGGAUAAAGUCUCGAUCUUGGACGAUGUCAUCGAACACUUGAAACAGCUACAAGCACAAGUUCAGUUUAUGAGCUUAAGAGCCAACUUGCCACAACAGAUGAUGAUGCAGCAACUACCUCCACCACAAUCAGUUCUCAGCAUCCAACACCAACAACAACAGCAGCAGCAGCAGCAACAACAACAGCAACAGCAGUUUCAGAUGUCGUUACUUGCAACAAUGGCGCGAAUGGGAAUGGGAGGCGGUGGCAAUGCUUAUGGAGGUCUAGUACCUCCUCCUCCUCCACCACCAUUGAUGGUGCCUCCUAUGGCAAACAGAGACUGCACCAGUGGUUCUUCACCCGCUUUAACUGAUCCGUACAGUCUUUAUCUAGCACAGACAAUGAACAUGGACCUUUACAACAAAAUGGCUGCAGCCAUCUACAGACAACAGUCUGAUCAGACUACAAAGGUAAAUGCGGGCAUGCCCUCAAGUUCUUCGAAUCACGAGAAAAGAGAUUAGUGUAGCUGAGUAUUAAUGAGCCAUAUAUAGAUCUUUAAAGAUCGAUGUGUCGUGAUUGUAAAAAACAAACUGUUUUUGACUAUGAAAACAGAUUUGCAGAGAUAAAACUUGAAAGCUUCUCUUCAGUUAUCAUAUUUAGUCAUGGUUAAAGU